GUCAUCGAACUCUGUUCAUUGGUGUUCAUGUGCCCCUGGGAGGAAGGAAAAGUCAUCGACGUCACAGGCAUCGUGGUCAUAAACACAGGAAGAGAGAUAGAGAAAGAGAUUCAGGUUUAGAGGACGGGAGGGAGUCACCUUCAUUUGGAUCAACCACAUACAUAGGUAUGUUUGCAUCAAAGAGAAUCAUUCAUCUACAAUACAAUAAUAUUCAGUGUACUGACAAUAAUAUUUAUUUGCACAGGUGGUUGAAGUUCGAAGAGGAUGUGGAAGAUGGAGGAGAAAGGUGGAGUAAGCCUUAUGUAGCAACCCUUUCAUUGCAUAGCUUGUUUGAAUUGAGAAGUUGUAUUCUGAAUGGAACUGUGCUGCUGGAUAUGCAUGGCAACACUUUAGAAGAAAUUGCAGAUAUGGUCCUUGACCAACAAGUGAGCUCAGGUCAACUCAAUGAAGAUGUACGCCACAGAGUCCAUGAGGCAUUGAUGAAACAACAUCACCAUCAGAACCAGAAAAAACUCACCAACAGGAUCCCCAUUGUUCGUUCAUUUGCUGAUAUUGGCAAAAAACAGUCAGAACCAAAUUCCAUGGAUAAAAAUGGUCAGGUUGUUUCUCCUCAAUCUGCUCCAGCCUGUGUGGAAAAUAAAAAUGAUGUGAGCAGAGAAAACAGCACUGUUGAUUUUAGCAAGGGACUGGGAGGCCAACAAAAGGGGCAUACUAGUCCAUGUGGGAUGAAACAAAAGCAUGAAAAAGGACCUCCACACCAGCAAGAGAGAGAGGUUGAUCUACAUUUUAUGAAAAAGAUUCCUCCAGGUGCUGAAGCUUCAAAUAUCCUAGUUGGGGAGCUCGAGUUUUUGGAUCGAACUGUAGUUGCAUUUGUCAGGUUGUCUCCAGCUGUAUUGCUUCAAGGGCUGGCUGAGGUCCCAAUCCCAACAAGAUUUUUGUUCAUUCUUCUGGGACCCCUGGGAAAGGGUCAACAGUACCAUGAGAUUGGCAGAUCAAUUGCAACCUUAAUGACAGAUGAGGUAUUUCAUGAUGUUGCUUACAAAGCUAAAGACCGGAAUGACUUGGUAUCUGGAAUUGAUGAAUUUCUAGAUCAGGUAACUGUGCUCCCUCCUGGAGAAUGGGACCCCAGCAUUCGGAUAGAGCCUCCAAAAAAUGUUCCCUCCCAGGAGAAGAGGAAGAUCCCUGCAGUACCAAAUGGAACAGCAGCUCAUGGGGAAGCAGAACCCCAUGGAGGGCAUAAUGGACCUGAACUUCAGCGAACAGGAAGGAUUUUUGGGGGACUUAUUUUAGAUAUCAAAAGAAAAGCUCCAUACUUCUGGAGUGACUUCAGAGAUGCUUUCAGCUUGCAGUGCUUAGCAUCUUUCCUAUUUCUCUAUUGUGCGUGUAUGUCUCCUGUCAUCACUUUUGGAGGACUGCUGGGAGAAGCAACUGAAGGUCGUAUAAGUGCAAUUGAAUCUCUCUUUGGAGCAUCUAUGACUGGGAUAGCCUACUCGCUCUUUGGUGGACAGCCUCUUACCAUAUUAGGCAGUACAGGACCAGUUUUGGUGUUUGAAAAGAUUUUGUUUAAGUUUUGCAAAGAAUAUGGAUUGUCAUACUUAUCUUUAAGGGCUAGUAUUGGGCUUUGGACUGCAACCCUGUGUAUCAUACUUGUGGCCACUGAUGCAAGCUCGCUUGUCUGCUAUAUUACCCGGUUUACUGAGGAAGCCUUUGCUUCUCUGAUUUGCAUCAUUUUCAUUUAUGAGGCCCUAGAGAAGUUGUUUGAACUCAGUGAAUCAUAUCCAAUCAACAUGCAUAAUGACUUGGAUCUCCUGACACAAUACUCGUGUAACUGUGUGGAACCCCAUAAUCCCAGUAAUGAUACAUUGAAGGACUGGAGAAACUCUAAUAUAUCUGCAUCUGACAUAAUUUGGGAAAAUUUAACUGUGUCGGAAUGCAAAUCAUUGCAUGGAGAGUAUGUUGGACGAGCUUGUGGUCAUGAACACCCCUAUGUUCCAGAUGUUCUAUUUUGGUCAGUGAUCCUAUUCUUUUCCACAGUUACUAUGUCAGCCACUCUGAAGCAGUUCAAGACCAGCCGGUAUUUUCCUACAAAGGUUCGAUCGAUAGUGAGUGACUUUGCUGUCUUUCUUACAAUUCUGUGCAUGGUUUUAAUUGACUAUGCCAUUGGAAUUCCAUCUCCAAAACUGCAAGUGCCAAGUGUCUUCAAGCCCACAAGAGAUGAUCGUGGCUGGUUUGUAAAGCCUUUAGGUCCAAAUCCAUGGUGGACAAUAAUAGCUGCUAUUAUUCCAGCUUUGCUUUGCACUAUUCUAAUUUUCAUGGACCAGCAGAUUACAGCUGUCAUUAUCAACAGAAAAGAACAUAAACUCAAGAAAGGCUGUGGGUAUCAUCUGGAUCUAUUCAUGGUGGCUGUCAUGCUUGGGGUGUGCUCCAUCAUGGGCUUGCCGUGGUUUGUGGCUGCCACUGUCCUCUCCAUCACUCAUGUUAACAGCCUAAAGCUGGAAUCCGAAUGCUCAGCUCCAGGGGAACAACCCAAGUUUCUUGGCAUUCGGGAGCAAAGAGUUACUGGACUGAUGAUUUUUGUUCUUAUGGGUUCAUCAGUUUUUAUGACCAGUAUUCUAAAGUUUAUUCCCAUGCCAGUGCUCUAUGGAGUCUUCCUCUAUAUGGGCGCUUCAUCUCUCAAGGGAAUUCAGUUCUUUGAUAGAAUAAGGCUCUUUUGGAUGCCUGCAAAACAUCAACCAGAUUUUAUAUACCUAAGGCAUGUGCCUCUUCGAAAAGUUCAUCUCUUCACAAUUAUUCAGAUGAGUUGCCUUGGUCUUUUGUGGAUAAUAAAAGUUUCAAGAGCUGCUAUUGUCUUUCCCAUGAUGGUAUUAGCUCUGGUAUUUGUAAGAAAGUUGAUGGACUUGCUAUUUACCAAACGGGAACUUAGCUGGUUGGAUGAUUUGAUGCCUGAGAGUAAGAAAAAGAAACUAGAAGAUGCUGAAAAAGAAGAAGAACAAAGUAUGUUAGCGAUGGAAGAUGAGGGCAUAGUACAACUCCCAUUGGAAGGGCACUAUAGAGAUGAUCCUUCUGUGAUAAAUAUUUCUGAUGAAAUGUCAAAGACUGCUUUGUGGAGAAAUCUUCUGAUUACUGCUGAUAACUCAAAAGAUAAGGAGUCAAGCUUUCCUUCUAAAAGCAAUGAAAGCCGAAAAGAGAAGAAAGCUGACUCAGGGAAAGGUGUUGACAGGGAGACUUGUCUAUGA